AGCGGGCGCGAGGAGGCGACGAGGCGCGGGGGACCCGCGUGAGGGGCGACCAGGAGGUGGUGGAGGCGGCGGCGGCGGCGGCGACGAGUAGCGGCGGGACCGGCGGCGAGGGCAGCCCUGCCAUGCACGUUCCUCUCCCGCGGCCAUGUUAGCCAGGAAACCUUCGGCCGCCGCUCCUGCCGCCUACCCGACCGGCCGAGGAGGGGACACCGCCGUUCGCCAGCUUCAGGCUUCCCCGGGGAUCGGCGCGGGGGCUCCCCGAAGCGGAGUGGGGACCGGCCCACCCUCUCCCAUCGCCCUGCCGCCUCUCCGGGCCAGCAACGCUGCCACCGCAGCCCACACGAUUGGCGGCGGUAAGCACACCAUGAAUGACCACCUCCACAUCAGCAGCCACAGCCACGGACAGAUCCAGGUUCAGCAGCUGUUCGAGGACAACAGUAACAAGAGGACAGUGCUCACAACACAGCCCAAUGGGCUGACCACCGUGGGCAAGACGGGCUUGCCUGUGGUGCCAGAGAGGCAGCUGGAGAGCAUCCACAGACGGCAGGGGAGUUCCACCUCUCUGAAGUCCAUGGAAGGCAUGGGGAAGGUGAAAGCCACCCCCAUGACCCCCGAACAAGCGAUGAAGCAAUACAUGCAAAAACUCACAGCCUUCGAACACCAUGAGAUUUUUAGCUACCCCGAAAUAUAUUUCUUGGGUCCAAAUGCAAAGAAGCGCCAAGGCAUGACAGGCGGGCCCAACAACGGUGGUUACGAUGAUGACCAGGGGUCCUAUGUGCAGGUGCCCCAUGAUCACGUGGCUUACAGGUACGAGGUCCUCAAGGUCAUAGGGAAGGGGAGCUUUGGGCAGGUGGUCAAGGCCUAUGACCACAAAGUCCACCAGCACGUGGCCCUGAAGAUGGUGCGGAACGAGAAGCGCUUCCACCGGCAGGCGGCGGAGGAGAUCCGGAUCUUGGAGCACCUACGGAAGCAGGAUAAGGACAACACCAUGAACGUCAUCCACAUGCUGGAGAAUUUUACCUUCCGCAACCACAUCUGCAUGACGUUUGAGUUGCUGAGCAUGAACCUCUAUGAGCUCAUCAAGAAGAAUAAGUUCCAGGGCUUCAGCCUGCCUCUGGUGCGCAAGUUUGCCCACUCCAUUCUACAGUGCUUGGAUGCUUUGCACAAAAACAGAAUAAUCCACUGUGACCUUAAGCCCGAGAACAUUUUGUUAAAGCAGCAGGGGAGAAGCAGUAUUAAAGUGAUUGACUUUGGCUCCAGUUGUUACGAGCACCAGCGUGUCUACACGUACAUCCAGUCGCGCUUUUACCGGGCUCCGGAAGUGAUCCUUGGAGCCAGGUACGGCAUGCCCAUUGAUAUGUGGAGCCUGGGUUGCAUUCUCGCGGAACUCCUGACGGGUUACCCCCUCUUGCCUGGGGAGGAUGAAGGGGACCAGCUAGCUUGUAUGAUUGAGCUUUUGGGCAUGCCCUCCCAGAAACUCCUGGAUGCUUCCAAACGAGCCAAAAAUUUCGUGAGCUCCAAGGGUUAUCCUCGAUACUGCACUGUCACGACUCUUUCGGACGGCUCUGUGGUCCUCAAUGGAGGCCGGUCCCGGAGAGGGAAACUGAGGGGUCCACCAGAGAGCAGAGAGUGGGGGAACGCACUGAAGGGAUGCGAUGAUCCUCUUUUCCUUGACUUCUUAAAACAGUGUUUGGAGUGGGAUCCCGCAGUCCGCAUGACCCCGGGCCAGGCUUUGCGGCACCCUUGGCUCAGGAGGCGCUUGCCAAAGCCUCCGACCGGGGAGAAGACGGCGGUGAAGAGGGUCACGGACAGCACUGGUGCUAUCACGUCGAUUUCCAAGUUACCUCCACCUUCCAGCUCGGCUUCCAAGCUGAGGACUAAUUUGGCACAGAUGACAGAUGCCAAUGGGAAUAUUCAGCAGCGGACAGUGUUGCCAAAACUCGUUAGCUGAGCUCCAGUCCCCUGAUGCUGGCAAGCUGAGAAAUGCGUUGUAGCUGAGCCUUAUUGGGUUGAAAAAGUGUAGCUCAGACCUGUUUUUAUUUGCUCAAAAACUCGACUUAUUUGUAUCUUUUCAGCACUUGAUGUAAGACAGUUUGUUUUGUUUUUAUAAAUACAUGGGGACAAUGCUUUAAGUUUUUAUACUUUCUGAAACCGUUUUUUUUUUUUUUUUUGCCCCCUUCCUUGGGUUCUAAAAGUAAGAUGAGCCUUACUGUAGUUAGUGGCAGAGUGAUCGUAUCAGUGGCAGGCCAUUGAUUUCUUCAUGACUGACACUCAUUUACAGACUGGUCACACAUAUUCACUAUGUUUUCAUGGUUCGUCCUCUACGCUCCCCAGGGAGGUGGCCCCCAGGGGCCCGCCCUCCUUCUCUCUCCGUGCUCCGGGUUCACACAAGAGCAGCACGCCUUGCCUCCAUUUUUCCCUCAGUUAACCUGGGUCAGAGUGGAGGUGGAAGGAGAAGGAAGGUCCCGGUGGAAAAAUCUCUAAGAAAAACCGCACCUUAGAGAUUGUCUUUUUUCCUUGAGGUGUGUUCAAACAAUUACAAAAGAGAUUGCCCAGGUCUAAACCCGCCCACUUAACAUUCUGAAGUUCUUAAGCCACCAAGCAGCAUUUAGGGGAUGGAUGGAAACUGAGAUGUGUGAAUUCCUCCCCAGGCUCUGGGAAGUCGGCAAGCUGUCAUAAUCAGGAAGCCCUCUGAUUAUGGAAAUUGCCUUUUCACCUAAUUUUAGGACUUCCCCCCACCACUGUUCCCCGCUUCCCCUUCUCUUGUCUCUGUCCCUUCUUUAUCACACACCUGCCGCCUGCACUUCGUGUGUCUUUUUCCUUCAGCUGUCUAUCCCAGACUGUUAAUGCAGAGAGCCAUGUCAGCUGCCAUUAUGUCCGGAGUGUCAUUCCCCAGUUUCCAAAAGAACAGCGAGCGGCCUAGCCGCCUGAGGUGGGGAUUUGAAUAGUUCCGAAGGAGAUUUAGCCGGCCGGAGUGAGUUCACCCUGUAGACGCCACUGAGGUUCCCUUAGCCUGGGAAAGCAUCAACUCUUUCGUUAGAAAGAAAAGGGGUUUUGAAAAUCCUCCUGGUGAAGAGAAGUCACUGCGGCCACUCCGUUGGGCCAGUUUUAACAACACAUUGAAAAGAGGAGAAAUGCAACCUCGAGGUAAAUGGUUUGACUUACUCUUUGAUUCGUUAGAAGAGCCCCAGAAACCGCAUCCCUCUGUUCAGUUUUGCUUCUUUUGUAUUGCACUGAGUGUUUUUGUGGGGAUGACACUUUUCCUGAAAGUAACUGAGAGUUAGGUAAAAGAAUAUUUUCUUCGCUGAAUAAUAAUUAUUUUCACAGUGAAAAUUUCAGUAUUUUAUCACUAAUGGAUGAACAGUGAUAUAUAUCAAUUUCAAGGCACGUGGAAAGAAUUUUUUUAGUAUGUGCAAUUUAAUAGAGAAAGAUUUCUGCCUGUUUGGACAAUAGGUUUUGGAUAGUAAAAAUUAGGAUAAAUAAUCUUUUAUAUGCACAGAUAUUAUUGUAUUGCCUGUAAAUCGAUUUACAAGUACUUAAAGCAUGGUCCCCAGUGAGGCCAAGAAAGUUUCCGGUUAAGUGUUUUGUUUUUUUUUAAUUCUAUGUUUUCUCUUAUUUUAAAAAAGCAAAAAAACAAAACAAAAAAAAAGUGUCAUUUUGAAUAAACAUUUUUCUUAUCUUGAGGCUUUGCCAGUUGAUGGUGGAAAAAUAUGCUCAGGAAUUAUUUCAAAUAUUUGCCAAAAAUGAGUAAUAAGAUUAGCUUAUUAAUAAGUUAGCGAUAUCGCUGUUUGCUUUACUAUUUGAGGAUGCCAUUGGUAAAUUAAUUUGUACCUUCUGUACUUAGCAACGAUAGCUUAGUUCCCUAGUCAAAUUCUUUAGCAUACUAUACACAUUUCUGUGUAAUCUGUGAAGUGCAAUAAUAUGUCAGUAAGUUACAUUUUAAAUGAUGCUCAUGUGACAGUACCCCCAAUCAGUGGCUUAUAGGACUUAAAAAAUUGUGUAUUUAUUUUUUUAAAAAUUGGCUUAAAGGCAUGAGAAAUAAGGUCUGGUCUGGGGACUUUUGUAAAAAACUACGAGUCUCUUAACGAUGGCUAGUGUCUUUAGGUCAUUACAAUUAACCUAAAAACUACAAAAGCUGUUUUCCCCUCCAAGGCUCCUGCUCUGUUCCCAUGAUCACUUAGUUGUGAGCCUGAGCCCGUUCUUACUAACCCCCUGUAACACAGCUAGCUAUACUUGCCACAGUAGAAGUGGACUAAACUUGCUUGUCUCCCCUCCCCCCCCCCCCCCCCCCCCACCACACAAAACUGGUUCUUCUGAGGCCAGCAGAACAUUUAUGAGGAGCUUUAUCCACAAAUGCGACCGGAAACUUUGAAGCCAAACUCUAAUGUGCAGUGCUACAGGACUUUUCUUUCUCGCUUUCUUUUUUUCUCCCCCCCCCCCCCCCCAACCACAGUGAAAUUUCCUUGAUUCCUAAAAGCCGACGUGUUUCAGCGUUUCCUGACACGGCUGCUUUGAGAAGAAUCCUCUUUAAUUAUUGCGUCUCAAAUGAAACUGUUGCCUCUCUUCGUGAUCUUAAAACCUAAAUAAAGGGCUCUGAUAGGCUACUAGGAGUCGGCUUGGAAACGGUCCUUGGUCUCACAGGUUACCAUUGUCUAGGGAUGUCUGAGCUGUUUUUGGAUUUAGGAAUAGCACAGUGUCGUCUCGUCUUUGGUUGCAGUCUCUUUGGGCUCCGUUUCUUGCACUGCCAGAGUGUUCUUAGCACAACCGUGGAACACCGAGUGGUGCAGGACAGUGUAGAUUAACAUCUUACAGGAGAAAUUGUGCUCUUAGUGUUAACAAUGUGCCUUUUGUUCUGAAUGCCAUGUUGUAGGGCAUGCAUUUUUUGGCCUCUUUAACUCUUUGAACUAGAGGUAGUAAGGAUGGAAGCCACCUCUGCAAAGAUAACAUCUGUCUUAAAUAUCUAGAUUUAUAGGCCUUAAUAGAAACCAUAAGGCGUGAAUAGUCAUUGGGCGCUGAGCAAGAUAAACCAUUUGUUAGUGACACCAGGAAUUCCUGUGUUUGAGGGGUUAAAGAUGGUCUUUGUUGUAUCUGAACAUCAGACUGAUUUUUUUAAAUGAUAUUUUUUUUGUUAUGCUAACACUAGACAAAAAUCAACUGUAUUUGUAAAAAUUUACCUCAAACCAUUUAAUUUUAUAGUGUGAUUAAUCCCAGGGCAUUUGGUAUGAACCAAAGUGCAUUCCUUUUUUUAUAUACCUGGCUCUAGUAAGGAUGGCCAGGGAUUUUUACAAUUUGGGUGCAAGGCACUUAAGCCACUUUUAAACUUACUGGGUGGUGUGGAGUCACGUUAAAUGGCUCCAUCAGAAUGUUAGAAAACACUGUAGGCAUCAGUAGCAUUGGGCCAUAUUGGAAUCUUAAAAGCGCGAAUUAUUUUGAAGAGAACAUUCAUUUUUGUAAUUUUUUUUUCAUCAAGAAUAUUUCUGGUAAGCAGAAGAUUUUUAAAAUAAAAAUCAACUGAUUUGGUUGGCAAAGGUUUUAAUAUCGCCCAACCUAAUGCUGUGGUAGCAUUUUAAAAACAGAAGUAUUUGUGGACUCUUUGUUUUUAGGGGCUUGUACAUCUCUCUGCUAUGGACAUAUAUAAAAUUCAUUGUAAUUAUACUCUGCUCAACUGCUACAGUUAUGUCUAGGCAGUGGCUUGGGUUUCUAUCGAGCAACAACUUAGACACGUGACUGUAAUAAUGCUGCAACUGUGUGUACUGAAAAUAUGUGAAAAUGGUUGAAUGUGGACUGUGUAUAUAUGUAUGUACAAACUUCUGUGAGAUGCUGCUGUCACCACUAAACGUGGAACGUGUUCUAGUGGGUUUGAAUCCUAGUGGCCAGUUCUAUGAUACUGUAUGUAUUGUACAGAGGAUGGCGGGAGGAAGGCUGUUUAGUGAAUAUUUGUUAAAUUUUAUUGUUGUGGCCAGAGAUAAUUUCAGAAUAAAAUUUUAAUGUCCUACCUUAA